CCUACGAUCAUUCAUUCAUGUGACCAUAAAAGACCAAGAGAAGUGGAAAAAGAUGAUCAAUCAUAGAAAACAAAUCAUAUCUAAUUAUGCAAAAGACAUGAGCCCAGGCGCAUUGCAUGUGAUUAAGCCAUCAUGAUUGUCAUUGAAGACAAAGAGAUAUCCGAGGAAGAAAAUAUCGUAUUUAGAUUAUGCCCCUUCUCUUUUUUCUCAGUGAAACAAAAGAAAAAAAAAAAAGAUAUGGCGUGAUGAGGUGGAAUGGCUCAGAAACCAACCAAAUCCCUCCAAAAAAGCAAAAUCAAUGGUAAAAAUUUUAAUAUUAAUAUAUCAAAAGGAAAGCGAAAUUACCCAAUUUCCUACAGUUGUUAUUUCAUGUCCGUUUGUGGGAACUCGGUGGCGUUUCUGGUGUUUCUUUGUUGUUAGGUUCUUUUAGUUUCUUCUUUUUUUGAAUUCCCUUCUUUUCUAUGAGGGUUCUGUCUUUACUGUCGUUGCCGCUAUCUUCUGCCCUGCUUCUGUUUGCUUCUCCAAAAUCGUCUGUGUUUGAAAAAUCUUUGUUGGUAUUGUAGCUUAACAGGUCGGAAAAGGCUCAAGAAUCGAGGUUAAUAAGGUUCUUCCCAUUUCUGGGUUUUUUUUUUUUCCUUAGAUUUCUGUAUAACUUAUUAUUUGUCCUUCCACGUUCCAUCAUUUCAACAGAGAGCGAAAUAACGCUUAUAUCAUGCUGUCAAUUCAUUCACUGAAACCGCUCUCUUGUUCUGUUAUAUAAACUUAUCGCUCUCUUUUUAUCCCAAAUUUGCCAUUUUACCUUCCUAAAUUCUCAGUGUCUUAAUACUUGUUUGAAAAGCUUUAUAUUUAUAUAAUUAAAGUCUCUGUCUUGGCUCAUUUCUUCUUUUUCUCUAUUGAGUUCUUCUUCUUCUUCUCCGUACCCUUUGCCUCUUUAGCUUCCUUCUAUUGUUAUCUUCUUCAAAAUGGUUUGUAGUCACAGUUUCGUAUUUUGCCAGAGACCCUGCUAUUUUUCCCUUCUUUUUCUCUUGAUUUUAAGCACAACCCAAGUGAUCAGAUACAAAGCUGAAGGUAGACCAAAUCCCAAAUCUGAUAGCCUUUCCAAGACAGUAAAUGAAGAGAAGGCGACGUUGAGAGCUCAGAUAGGUUCAAGGCCGCCAAGGUGUGAGAGAAGGUGCAGCUCAUGCGAGCACUGUGAAGCCAUUCAAGUGCCAACAAAUCCCCAAGUCCGAAAUGGGAACAGGAAUUCUUCAACAUUAAUCUCUGAUGUUGCCUAUGCAAGAGGAGAUUACAGCUCCAACUACAAGCCGAUGAGUUGGAAAUGCAAAUGUGGGAACUUCAUCUUCAACCCCUGAUGAAUAUAGUUCGCCAGAACAGAAUUUUAUGUUCUUGAAUACCCGUUUUUGAACCAUUUAAAUCAGUGUAAGACAAAUGUUAGUAAUUUUUUUUGGCUUUGUCUAUUGUUCUCUUGCUUGUGAGAAUCA